UCUUUUCUCUCGAAGCUUGCUUUUUCGCCCGAAGCCCCAAACUGCUCUGGAUACUCUGCACAACCGACAACCGACAGAUAAGUAAAGAGAGAAGGGGAAGGAACUAUUUACUAGUCAAGUAGGGAGGGGAGGAGAUGAAACAGUCCAUGCUCUUCGUCCCCAAAACCCUUUUUGGAUUCUUCGUUUUUCUCUGUUAUGAGCUCCGCAUCUCCUCUGCGAUUGUUAUUCUUAGAGGCAAGUCUUUUUCCAUUCCCUUCAUCGAUGCUCCAGCUAGAUUUGCUGUUGGUCUCAACAGGUCUGGGCUCUGUGGAGCUUUGCAUUUGGCAGAUCCUCUUGACGCAUGCUCUUUGCUUCAUAACGAUUUGAGUUCUGAACAAAUUGUCAAUGUGCCAUUCGCUUUGAUUGCCAGGGGUCAGUGCUCCUUCGAGGACAAAGUCCGUAAUGCUCAAGACGCCGGUUUUCGUGCUGCAAUUGUGUAUGAUAAUCGGGAUGUGGGAAAUUUGGUUUCCAUGAUCGGAAAUUCUGAGGGUAUAUGGGUACAUGCGGUAUUUGUUUCAAAGGCAGCAGGUGAAACCUUGAUGAAGUUUGCUCGAGGUGAAGAAGGUGAAUGUUGCAUCAGUCCUUUGUUAGAGGAGACAGCCUGGACUGUACUGGUAAUAUCCUUGAUUUCUCUUCUUGUCAUCGUAUCAGUGCUGGCAGCAUUCUUCUUCACUCGUAAUCAUCGGGGGUACCGUCAAGGUAGAUAUUACCAAUAUGCAACCCUAAGCAGUCAGAUGCUGGAAGGUCUUCCUUGCUUCACAUUCAACGCUGCAUGCCCAAGUGAACACUGCAGAGGAGACACUUGUGCUAUUUGUCUUGAAGACUAUAGGAAUGGAGAUUCCCUGAGAAUUCUCCCCUGUCAACAUGAAUUUCAUGCAAACUGUGUGGACUCAUGGCUGACAAAGUGGGGGACAUUCUGCCCAGUGUGCAAGCAAGAUGUUAUUGUAGAUGCAAUGGACUCAAGUGAGCAAAGAUCAAUACUCUCGUUGUUGAAUGCUGGAGGAUGUAAGAGCAGAGGACUGAAUGCGGAUAGAGUAAACAGCUGCAUCAGCCCACCUUUUUGUGUUUCUGUCGGUGAAACAGGAAGAUCUCGUCUUCUCUCACUCUCUUACCAACUCUUUUCCGACAUACAUAAACACCGACUACUCUUCUUCAUGGACUCUCAGAAAAGCAGCAGCUCUGCCGAUGUCGUGACAGUCGAUGUUCACGCUGCCAAGGAUCUCCUCCGUUCCGGCCACCGUUAUCUAGAUGUCAGGACAACAGAAGAGUUCAACAAGGGCCAUGUCGAAGUGGAGAAUGUUUUGAACAUUCCUUACAUGUUAUUCACCCCUGAAGGUAGGGUGAAAAACCCUCAUUUUCUAGAGCAAGUUCAAGCGGUUUGCAGCAAGGAUGGUUAUCUCGUUGUGGGCUGUCAAAGUGGGGUGAGGUCACUGCAUGCGUCUACUGAACUUCUCAAGGCUGAUUUCAAGCAUGUGAGCAACAUGGGAGGUGGAUAUGCAGACUGGGUUGAGAAAGGGUUUGCCGUGAAAAAACCGGCAGCCGAGACUGAGCUGUGAUAUGACUUGAUGAAGGUGGCGAUGCUUUCGUUUGCCAGUUUGAUAUUUAUAGUCUUGUUAUCUUCUGUAUCAGGUUGCUGCUGGUGCAAGUUUGUGUGUAACAUCCAAACAUCGAAUUAGCAGAAACAGAUUCAAUAAAAAGAAAGGUUUCUCUCCAAGUUGUGGAAAUGGGAUUAGGACUCUCUUUGAUUUCUAUUCCUCUACAAAGUACAAACAAAGAAGAGAAUAAUAAUGUAUCUGAUUCUGGCAAAUUCUCUCUAUAUAAAUUGCAGCUUGUAAUUGCUAAUUAGAAAGAGAUACUGGAGUUGGGUAUU